CCAUCGCAUGCCGAAACUUUAAUGAUGUAUUAUUGGAGCUUAUGAUUACGACACUCAAAAGUUCGUUGCCAGAAAAAAAAAAUGUAAAGAACUCUGACAUGGGCCCUCUCGGGACUAUUGAUCCAAUUUUAUUUCCGAUACAGUUAUGGUACAUGUGCUGCUGCUUUGAUGUUCAUGAAAAAAUGAAUGUCCCGACCUAGUUCGGAUAUUUGCUUACUUCCGUUGACAUUCUAUAGACUCUUGAAACACAUGGUAGUUUUACUUUUCUUCGGAAAAGAGUAUAAAAGCCAAAAAAAACAAAUAACUCAUUCGUUUUUUCUUUUGAGCAACUAUUCAUUCGUUAAUUAUUGUGUUUGACAACUAGUAAAAAAGAAGCAUUUUCAUACGUUAUCUCGCCAUCCAAUCAUCAAAAAAUGUAAUUAAAUAUAUAUGGAAACGUAGUUAAUAAAAAAAAAGUAGUAGCUACAAAAAUACAAUUUUAAUCAUCAUCAGUAUAUAAUCAGGGUGUAAUAAUUAAUGAAAAAAGUCUUAAAAUCAAGUCUUAAUAAAACCAUAAAAAUACAUAUUGUGAAUACAUAUAUAUUGAACUUUUCGAUAAUUCCAACAUGAUGUUCUUCUUCUUUCCAACAUAAGGUAAGCUUUAUAUUCAAUCCUCUUCAUUUGUGUUUCUCUUUCCGAACAUAGCUCAAAAGGGUAAUUCUCAAAAAAAAAACAUAGCUCAAAAGGUUUCAUAUACAACCCUUGUUUUUUUAUUAUUGGAUUUUUUUAAAAAACUUCGAUACAUUUACAACACAUUUGAUGGGUGACUUCAUGGUCCAAUAUUUUUAAUCCGAGAGACAAAGAUAAUGAAUAAUGAUCCAUACUUCUAGUUUUUCUUUUGCUAAAAUCCAUACUUAUAGUUGUACAUUUUUCAUAAAGAUCAAGAUUCUGGUCAGAGAUGGAUUGUAACUGACUCCGAAGCGUUGAUACAGGUUCUUGAUCAGACCAAGAUUCUGGUUAAAUAAAAAGGCUGUUUGAAUUAGAGUGUUUUUGUCCUGAGAAAUGGAGACUGAUCAGACAGAAGAGAUGGACAUCAAAGUCUUGUCUUCCAUGUGGCCCGAAGACGUUGGAACCCAAGCAGACAACCGGUUCAACGUCGAGAAACCCGCCGGUGAUUCAGACACCUUAAAAGAAGUUGAUAUCGCUGAGAAACGCACCAUGGCUGAUUUAAAACGCUUACCAGAACUCAUGAACAUGACUAACCAAGGCUCUUCUCAACUCACCAACCUUGUGAAACAGUGGGAGUACACGCAGGACCACGCGGUUAAGCUAUUUAAAGAAGAGGUCAAGAUUCUCACCAGGCAAAGAGAAGAAGCAGAGGCCAAAGAGCUAAAGAUCAUAGAGGAGCAUAACUUCGAGACUCAAGAGCCUGAGAACGUUCCGGUUUUGGAUGAUACUAUGUACCGCGGGUUUAAGCACAAGAAAAGGGUUAAGAUCGACGAGGAGUUUGAUACGGUUGCGUAUUGGAAACAGAAGGCGUUGAGUUUGGAGAAGAUGCUUGAAGCGAGUACCGAGAGAGAGAGGAGGUUGAUUGACAAGCUGAACGAGAGUUUGAAGACUAUGGAGUCUCACUCAGCACCGGUUGAAAAGUUGACUCAGAAUCUUAAGAGAGCUGAAGGUUUCUUGCAUUUCAUACUACAGAAUGCACCUAUUGUUAUGGGACAUCAAGACAAAGAUCUACGUUACUUGUUCAUCUACAACAAGUUUCCCACCUUACGAGAACAGGUAAAAUAAAGAUGUUUCUUCUUUGUUCUGUAUUCUAAAAAUCGGCUUAUGCACCUCUGCCUAGACGGCAAAUCGUCCAUAACCAAAUUGAUUUUCUUAUUAUCUGAUUUUUGUGUUUCAUAUCGGUUUAAAUGGUUCUAAACCGACUAAAAUCGGUUUGAAUAGGGUUAAAUUGAUUUAAAUUGGUUUAGAUUUGUCAAAUCAACCAAUAAUGUUAGUGUGAAUCUACGAGUUUAUCUAAUUUCUUAUUUUUGUAUGUCUAAUUCCUAUAAUUUAUCCAGGUAAUUUUAUAAUUACUGAUUCACUUCUAAAAUAAAAUAUCUAAUAUAGAUAUAAAAUAUAUAAAAUAAAUCAAUCUGUUAACACCUAGUCCCGCUUAGACCCCGAAUAAUACGAUUAGUAGCUAAUCAGCCUAUACAAAUCACCUAGUUAUCGUCUAACGAUUUUUUAAACAUUGGUUUUGUUAGAUCAUGGAUCAUUCUCAUGAGAAUGUGUUUCUUAUGUCUCAGAACAUUUUGGGGAAAACAGACGUGGAGAUAUUCCAGGGAGUUGGAGUUAAAGAGUCUGAAGAUUUCAAGAGAGAGGUUCUUGAAAAGGGAAAAGCCUCAAAGAAAGAGAUCACAUUUGAAACAGAAUUGUUUGGAUCAAAGACGUUUUUGAUAUACGUUGAGCCUGUUUACAACAAAGCUCGUGAGAAAAUCGGUAUUAACCACAUGGGAAUGGAAGUAACUGAUCAGGUGAGAAAGAGAGAAAAAAUGGCUAAACUUAGAGAAGACAACGCAGUUAGAAAAGCAAUGGAGUCAGAGCUGAACAAGACCAUCCACGUUACAAUGUUAAAAUUGUGCCACAGAAUGAAUUUUCUUCUGCUUUUUGUUGCUAUGUUUUUCAUUCAUAUUCUCCCUGAAUUUACGCAUUUGAAACUUCGAAGUCAAGAGUAGCUGUAAAAAGAGUUACAGAUUAAACUAAACUUAUCUACAAGCAGGUCCAGUUCAAUUAUGAGAGACAUUGCACCUAGCCUAAUUAUGAUAUAUAUUUGUUUUGUUGGUCCACCAGUAUAAUAUUUCACGUAAAAAAUCCUAUUUGAAGUAAUUGUAAAUAUAAAAAUAAAAGUAAUGUUGCUAGUACAUAUGAAAUUACCGUGACGGUAUGGAAUCCCGGAGUUGUGUUACCCACUUUGAAUUAUCUUUCGGAAAACCAUCCAUUCAAUUUUUUUUUAUCCAUGCAAAAACUUUAGUGAUGUACUAUAUUAUUGGAGCUUAUGAUUACGUCACUGAAAAGUUCGUUGUCAGAAAACAAAUGUAAAGAACUGUCUCAUGGGCCCUUCUCAGGAUUAGUUAUCUAAUUUUAGUUUAGUCUUUUCAAUAAUGGAACCAAUGGUAUAAAAUAAUUGUAAUGGACUUGCACCUGGAGUAAUACGAGUCCAUUGUAUGAAACUAUUGAAACACGAAAUGUAUGGUACAAUAUAACGAUAUCAUACCUUGAUUUAAGUUUGUCAAUGUAUGCUUAUCUAAUCAUCCAGCAUAUCUUUUUUUCCCCCCUUUGGGGAAGCUAAAGCAUAAAGAUUCAUGGACAACAUUUUCACUCGGAUACUAUUUUAAAUUUAACCAAUAUAAUGUUAUUGAAAGUAACUAACUAAGUCGUUCACAGCAAGAAUUCUAUGCCCCCUAACCAAUUCACAAGUAUUGGUCAUAUUUAACUAUUACACUAUAUUCUGUUUUAAUUGUCAACAAAAAGUUUCUAAAACAUGUAACCAUGUUAAUCUUAAGUGGAUUAUGUCUGUCGUUCAAAAAAAAAAAAAGUGGAUUAUAUCUAACGAGAUAAAAUUGUUUUUCUUUACAGUGAGAUGUAAUUGUUUAAAGAUUAUAAUUAUAGACAAGACAUUAGUGCAAUUCCUCUGAUAUUUACUUUAAUGUGUUCACUUUCUUAAAUCCAGGAUUACAUUACACAUAAUAUACAUAUAUGAAAAUUAGUACUCCGUAAUUAUAAUUUCCGUAAUUAUAAUUAGGAAGAAAGCUUGGUCCUGCUUUAAUCGAGGGUUAAACUAAAUUAAUAAACACAUCCGUUAAUUAAGGAUUGGUGUCUCCGUCCAGUUAAUAUCUCCACAUUCUCGUCUUUCUCCGCAUUCGUAAAAUACUAAUAUAGCAUUAUCUUAAUCCUCAACGACCGUCCAUUUUGGCGCGAGAGGAAACAAAACACACCGUCAGAAUUUGAAAUGGAACUACACCACAUGUUUGUCAAUGAUACUUCCACUUGUCAACUAGAGAAUGAUGUGGUGCAUGUGGCUAUCACAUAUAUAAGUAGCAACUAUGGGACGGGACAAAACAAAAGCCCCCGAGCGCCGUCCAGAUCGGGGGAGGAAGAAUAGACCUAGAAUGGCUUAGCUGUUUUACUUAUUAAUUUAAUUUAAAAUGUAAUUUAAAAGACCAUUUCAUUCAACAAUUCUGAUUAUUUAUUUCUUGUGUACAACUUGUUAAUUUUAUAAUACUAAAUUUAACUAUAUAGAAAUGUGAUUGAUUUACACAACUAACCAUUACAGUUGUUGUCGCGCUAUUGAAUUGUGACGAUUGGGCCUUUUAUUUAUUGUUAUAAAAUUUGUUGUUCUUCUUUAGUGUACAAGAUUCAAAUGAUUGAUCAUACUUUACAACUGAAAUUGAACUGACGAAUAUAGUUUAAGAUUUUGUGAUUAUUAUUAUAUUUUCGAUACAUUGUGGUACAUGUGCUGCUGCUUUGAUGUUCAUUGAAACAUGAAUGUCCCGACCGACCUAAUUCGAAUAUUUGUGUACCUUCAUCGACAUUCUGUAGACUAUAGAACACACACAUGAUUAGCCUUUUUUU